GACACAAUAUAUUCCCAGGUCAGCAACCUUUGCUAGCAAGUAGCCAUACUCCAAUGGCAUCCCAAAUUGAGAGCCACCGCUCCAGUGCAGAGGUUGUCACUGGAGAUGCCAUCUGCAGGAAGAAGUCUGUCGAGCUGCUGGAAGAGCUCGGGCUCCCGAAGGGCCUCCUGCCAAUGGAGGACAUCCAGGAGUUUGGGUACAACCGCACCACGGGGUUCAUGUGGCUGGUUCAAGGGAAGAAGAAGGUCGAGCACACGUUCAAGAAGAUCAAACAGACCGUGUCCUACGCGGCUGAGGUGACGGCAUAUGCUGAGAAGGGCAAGCUGCGGAAGAUCACCGGCGUCAAGACCAAGGAGCUGAUGCUCUGGCUUAAUGUUGUUGAGGUCUAUGUUCCCGAGGCCUCGCCGGACAAGGUCACAUUCAAGACCGGCACUGGCCUCUCGGAUAGCUUUGAUGCCACUGCCUUCGCGCAUGGGGAGUAAACACGGAGUCAGUUGAUUAACUAGAAAUGAUGCCGGUUCCAUAAUCUUACUAUUCUACGGUGAUGGUGCUAAUCAUGUAUACGAUGCUAUGUCUUUCUUUCUUUUGUGUUGGAAUGAUGCCUAUAUAAGUGUGUCCUAUUGCCGCUACGAGUUUGUAUCUCGCAG